CACUGUCUGGGAUGGCCUGCUUCCCUGGGGCCAGACCUGCUCUGUGGGAUCUGCAGCUCCCAGAGGAGCAACCCUCACAGACUCCAGGCCAGUGGGGGUCCUAAGGCUCAAGGCCUGUUCCUCUCGCCCUCAUCUGUGGAUUUUUCCAGCUGCUUUUCUUGACCCAAGGAUCACAUAGGAAUACAGAUGGAAGGAGGGGGAAGCAGGGAAAACAGUCAGAAUGAGCUGGGGAAGAGGCAGACGUGAGGAAGAAGGGAUGACGGUAGUGGUCCAGCCAUAUGAGACAGGACACUUGGGACAACUUCUCAAGUAGGGGCUGUGUCGGGGAUGGACUGGGCUGAAACCUCAGAGCCCCAGCUGCUGACAUCUGGAGCCAGGAUCAUGUCUGCUAGCAAAGGCUGGUGGGUACCACCUGAAGGUGAAGACAGUGUGUCUGAGAAGUUCCUGAGGAAGACCAGGGAGUCUCCACUGGUGCCUGUAGGCUUGGGAGGCUGCCUGGCAGUGGCAGCAUACCGGAUUUAUCGGCUGAAGGCUCGUGGUUCCACCAAGAUGUCCAUACACCUGAUUCACACCCGAGUGGCAGCGCAGGCCUGUGCCGUGGGUGCGGUCUUGCUAGGUGCUGUGUACACGAUGUACAGAGACUACAUCAAAAGAACAGCACCGGAUGCCGGGGAGAAGUAGGAUUCCUGUAGGGCCUGGGGCAGCCAGAGCCUCGUCCAUCAAUCCCUGGCCGCUGCCCUGGGGACCCAGGCAGGAAGACUGCAGCUGGGAGAAGAGACCGUGAAGCUUCACAUGAGAUGACAUAUAUUCAUUCAGAACCCAAGUGCCAAGACCAGACUGUUGGAGGAAAGGGGGAGGGGCAGGGGGUAGGGAUGAAAGGAACAGAGCAAGGCAGAGGUCAGAAUGUUCUGUUCAUUUAAAAUCCAUGUCUAAGGUCAAACUUGUAAAAAAAAAAAAAAUUCCAUGUAAAUCCUGAAGACAGGGCCCCU